AUGUCCCGCAUUAAUGCCGGUGCGGCGUUGUCACCGCGCGCCACGGCCGGCCAGUGUCAAGUCUACAUAUUUCAGGUGAAGAUGAACGGUCUCAACGGUCACAGCAACGGCGAGGUGGCCAGCGCCGGCGACAUCAUCACCCAGAACCAGCAGCGCGGCUGGUGGACCAUAGGGCUGAUCAACUCGCGCUACCGCUACCUCACAGCCGAAACCUUCGGCUUCAAGAUCAACGCCAACGGCACCAGCCUCAAGAAGAAGCAGAUAUGGACCCUGGAGCCAGCGUCGGGGAACGCUAACGACAGCAUGAUCUACCUCCGCUCGCACUUGGACAAGUACCUCGCCGUGGACUCCUUCGGGAACGUGACCUGCGAGUCUGACGAGAAGGAGGUCGGCAGCAAGUUCCACAUCAGCGUCUCCGAGGAUGGCAGCGGGCGCUGGGCGCUGCGCAACGUGGAGCGCGGCUACUUCCUUGGCUCCAGCUCGGACAAGCUCACCUGCACCGCCAAGGUGCCAGGGGACGCGGAAUUGUGGCACGUCCACCUGGCCGCCCGCCCACAGGUCAACCUGCGCUCGAUCGGCCGCAAGCGCUUCGCCCACCUCUCGGAGUCCCUGGACGAGAUCCACGUGGACGCCAACGUGCCCUGGGGCGAGGACACGCUCUUCACGCUGGAGUUCAGAGCGGACGAAGGCGGCAAGUACGCCCUGCACACCUGCAACAACAAAUACCUCAGCGCCGGCGGAAAGCUGCUGGACACGUGCACGCCCGAGUGCCUCUUCAGCGCCGAGUACCACUCCGGCGCGUUGGCGCUGCGCGACGCCAGCGGCGCCUACCUGGCCCCCAUCGGCUCCAAGGCGGUGCUGAAGACCCGCUCCACCAACGUCACCCGCGACGAGCUGUUCUCCCUCGAGGACAGCCUGCCCCAGGCCGCCUUCGUCGCGGCCCUCAACGACAAAUACGUCUCCGUCAAACAAGGCGUGGACGUGACCGCCAAUCAGGACGAGAUCUCGUCCCACGAGACCUUCCAGCUGGAGUUCGACUGGGGCACCAGGCGCUGGUACAUCCGCACCAUGCAGGACCGCUACUGGACCCUCGAGGUCGGCGGCGGAAUACAGGCCAGCGGCGACAACAAGUCCUCGAACGCGCUGUUCGAGCUGGAGUGGCAGGGCUCCGGCGCGGUAGCCUUCCGCGCCAACAACGGCAAGUACGUGAUGACCAAACGCUCCGGCCACCUGUACGCCAACGCGGACUCUGUCGACGACAACUGCAAGUACUACUUCUAUCUCAUCAACAGGCCCAUUCUGGUGCUGAAGUGCGAGCAAGGCUUCGUGGGUCCCAAAGGAGUGCGGCUUGAGUGCAACAAGGCCAACUACGAGACCAUCCAAGUGGUGCGCGGGCCAAAGGGCGAAGUCUACUUCAAGGGGCGGCAGGGCAAGUACUGGCUGGCGGACGGCGAGGGCGUGUCGUGCGACGCGGACAGCCCGCAGGGCUUCCACCUGGAGCUGCGCGAGCCCACGCGGCUGGCCGUGCGCGCCGCGCGCUGCGGCCACUACCUCGCCGCGCACAAGAACGGCGCCUUCCGCCUCGCCGGGCCCGACCUCGCCGCCGCCACGCUCUGGGAGUAC